AUGGCUCCGUCCCUGCUUCUCGCCUCGAGCUGCCUGCUCCUGGCGUCCGUGGCCACGGCUAAGGUGUGCAACGACUACACCGGCCACGGCGUGGACGCAGCGUGGUCGGCCAAGGACGUGCCCAUCAUGGUGCUCAUGCCCAUGAAUGAGUCGGCGCUCAUGAGCAGCAUCAGCCAGGGCAUCGAGCCCGCGGUACAGCUCGCCAUCCGACACAUCCGCGAGUCCGGCCACUACGCCUUCUCCCUCAUCACCAAGAUCUACGACACCGAGUGUGACAAUGCAAAAGGAUUAAGGGCCUUCUUCGAUGCAAUCUGCUACGGUCCCAAACAUUUAAUGAUCUUUGGUGGAGUGUGUCCGUCAGUGACGUCCAUUAUUGCGGAGUCGUUAGAGGGCUGGAACCUGGUGCAGCUUUCUUUUGCGGCAACAACUCCUGUCCUGGCAGACAAGAAAAAGUACCCAAACUUUUUCCGAACAGUUCCCUCAGACAAUGCGGUGAAUCCAGCUGUGGUGAAAUUCCUCAACUACUACAACUGGAGCAGAGUUGGCACAUUGACCCAAGAUGUCCAGAGGUUUUCAGAGGUGCGCAAUGAUUUGACCAAUGAGCUCGAGAAGGCCAAUAUCCAGAUAGCAGACACAGAGAGCUUCUCAAAUGACCCCUGUGUUAAUGUGAAGAAACUAAAGGAUAAUGAUGUGAGGAUCAUCAUUGGCCAGUUUGACGAAAACCUGGCCUCUAAAGUCUUCUGCUGUGCCUAUAACCUGAACAUGUAUGGCAGUAAGUACCAGUGGAUCAUCCCAGGAUGGUACCAAGGCAAUUGGUGGGAGCAGGCUAACUCCACCAACUGCACCACCAAGAAGCUGCUGACAGCCAUGGAGGGGUACAUAAGUGUGGACUUUGAGCCUCUCAGUGCCAAGCGCACCAAAGGAAUCUCUGGACGGACACCUCAAGAGUAUGAGCUGGAGUACACCAGGGAGCGGGAGCAGAAAGGUGUAGAGGCCAGCAAAUUCCAUGGCUUCGCCUACGACGGCAUCUGGGUGAUCGCUAAGACGCUGAAGCGUGUUAUGGAACUUCUGCAGAAGCAGAAGCAACGGCAUGAUAUGUACCACAACAUGACUGUGGACGACCGAGAGGUGGGCAAGAUGGUCCUGGACGUGAUGAAUGAAACCAACUUCUUUGGAGUGACGGGUCAGGUGAUGUUCAGGAAUGGAGAGCGCAUGGGAACCAUUAAAUUCACACAGUUUCAGGAGGGCCAGGAGGUGAAGGUGGGCGAGUACAAUGCUAUUGCCGACGUGCUGGACCUUAUCAACAACACCAUCAGGUUCCAAGGUGUGGAGCCUCCAAAGGACCAAACAAUCGUGCAUCAGCAGCGACGGCACAUCAACGUGCCUCUAUACAGCAUCCUGUCCACCAUCACCAUACUGGGCAUGCUCAUGGCAGGCGGCUUCCUCUUUUUCAACAUCAAAAACCGCAACCACAGGCUGAUCAAAAUGUCGAGUCCUUACAUGAAUAACCUGAUCAUCCUGGGAGGGAUGCUCUCUUAUGCCUCCAUCUUCCUGUUCGGCCUGGAUGGCUCUUUCGUCUCAGAUAAGGUGUUCGAGACCUUGUGCACUGUUCGCACGUGGAUCCUCAUUGUGGGUUACACAACAGCGUUUGGAGCCAUGUUUGCCAAGACCUGGAGAGUGCAUGCCAUUUUCAAGAACGUGAAGAUGAAGAAGAAGAUUAUCAAGGACCAGAAGCUGCUGAUCAUCGUAGGGGGGAUGCUGCUGAUUGAUCUCUGCAUUCUCAUAUGCUGGCAGAUCGUAGAUCCCCUCAAGAGGACAGUUGAACAGUACAGCUUGGAGGCGGACCCUCAGGGGCGAGACAUUGCUAUCCGGCCCUUCCUGGAGCACUGUGAGAACACGCACAUGACCAUUUGGCUGGGGAUCGUGUAUGCCUACAAAGGCCUCCUUAUGUUGUUUGGUUGUUUCCUGGCCUGGGAAACAAGGAAUGUCAGCAUUCCUGCACUGAACGACAGCAAGUAUAUUGGUAUGAGUGUGUACAACGUUGGCAUCAUGUGCAUCAUUGGGGCGGCUGUGUCCUUCCUGACUCGAGAUCAGCCGAAUGUGCAGUUCUGCAUCGUAGCCCUGGUCAUCAUCUUCUGCAGCACUAUCACACUGUGCCUGGUGUUUGUGCCAAAGCUUAUUACAAUGAGGACAAACCCAGAUGCAGCCACUCAGAACCGACGGCUGAAGUUCACACAAAACCAGAAGAAAGAUGACUCAAAGACCUCCACCUCUGUAACCAGCGUUAACCAGACCAACACUUCUCGCCUGGACACCCUGCAGACGGACAACCACAGCCUCCGCAUGAGGAUCACAGAGUUGGAUAAGGAGUUGGAGGAAGUGACCAUGCAGCUUCAGGACACUCCGGAGAAGACGCCCUAUAUCAAGCAGAACCACUACCAGGAUGUCAACAACAUCCUGAGCAUACGCAACUUCACAGACGGAAAAGAUGGUGAGAAAUCUGUUCUGAAAAAUCACCUGGAGCAGAAGCCCCAAGCACAAUGGGGAUCUAUGGACCCUUCUAGAAUAAACAGAGGCCCACUAGAGGACAUCAACUCCCCAGAACACAUACAGCGCAGGCUGUCCUUGCAGCUGCCCAUUCUGCACCAUGCCUAUUUACCCUCCAUAGGAGGGGUGGAUGCCAGCUGCAGCCCCACCAGCAGCCCAGCGUCCAGCCCCCGCCACAGACAGCACAUGCCACCCUCCUAUAGAGUCAUGGUGUCCGGCCUGUGAGUGCUGCCAUGGCCCUGCGCUCCGAGGAAGAGAGUCUCCGUUUUAUAUCCAACAGACUGAGCCACGUCAGCAAUUAACGGAAGCGUGUGAGUGACACGGGGGGUCCUACUCUUCAUACAUCCAUGACCCCCCCCACCCCCAUCCACUUCUAUGGUCUAUGUCAGAGCAGAACUGAUUCUCCAGGCUGUGAGGGCGGGGGGGCGACUGGACGUCCUCACACACCCACAGUGCCCAGGAACACCCGCUUCCCACCACCACCCACCCCCAAAGCUCCCCCUACAAUUCCAGCCCCCCAAUCUCAAACAACCAGAGAGAAGCAACAGAGGAUGCCAGCUGUGCUGUAGCCUUAUCUGCUUCAAAGGGGGUCUCUCAAAAACACCCUUUUUGUUGUCGAAAACGUGGACCCACUGUCAGCUUGUCGACUUGUCGGACUUUAGUAGCUUGCUGCUGGUGGUCCGCGGCAGUGACGAUCCAGACGUGACCUAGGACUCAUCCUGUUGACCGUGCUAACAGUCAUGUAAAUACCAUCCUCCACAUCAAAGCAAGCUCUCAGUACGCUGUGAAAUGAAUUACUCGGGUCAUUGGAUUCAGAUAAGGCUGGGCACUUCAGAAAAUGGCCUCUGAAAAACUUUAGAAAGUGACUGUUGACAAAAACAGAAAAGGCAUUAUAAGCUGGUUGGUACGAUCCUACUGGCAUUGUUUAAGUGUACACUCAUGGUGUGGAAAAACGCAAGUUUGUUAAAAGUGAGACAAUUGUAAUUUCCGCUAACCACAGCUAGCAAGCGUCACACGGCACUAGAGGCCAGCUCUUUUAUGUGAAGAGAAGUACACUGCAGAUUUGUCACAAUGCUAGAUUUGCACCGUAUAUUUUCCUUUAAAAAAUCAUACCAUCUGGGUAACUGUUCAUUAAAUUGCUAUACUGACUUUUGAUUCAAAAUGGCUGAGAGAGGCAACUACACUAUAGAGGCCUUGAGACGUCCUUAUAGACCAGCCGAGAGACCCUCUGUAAAAUCAUGCGUGAGCAUUUACUCUCACAGGAGCCAGUAUGGAAGUGCACAAGCCUUAUGGUCAGGUAAGAUAUCUGGGGCAAUCCAGAGGGCCAGUCUUCCAUUUCAGCUGAGUGCGUGGGCCUUCUCUCAUAGAGAUCAUAGUCAAAAACAAACGCUGGUCGAUAGACCACCCUUCCGAGGCUUGCGCUUCGUCCCUUGGCAGUGAACUGACUUUGGCAUGCAAUCAAAGUCAUCUCUGAAGGCCUAAUAGCUCCAAACAAGGGUAAUAAUACUGAUCAAAAGCAAAAAUACAAGAGUGUCGUCAUGGAAAGCCCACAGGGUGGUCCGUACAGGUGGAAAGAUGAAAACUGUUAGCGAUUUGCAGCACAAUUAUGGACCUGUCUUACUUUUUAAAGAGUAAAUUGGUCACAAGAGCAAAACCUCACUAUGGCCCUUCAGUGCAGUUUGUUUUUUAUUAUUCUCCUGCCACAAGUUUUGUUCACGGAAAACGAAUCAUCUAGCAAUUCUUGUAGCUUGAGCCGAAAGGAGCUUGGAUGGAGAGCGAGCUGUCAGCCGCACAUCGUUCGCUCACACACUGAGGACUAAAUCACAGGCCCAAAGCGCAGGAGGAGUUCUGCUCCCCUCCCGGAGUGGCAAUGGAAAUAUAUCACAUGGCACUUAGCAACAGUGAACAUACCUCAUGGUUGCUAUAGAAAUGUAACUCUGUCCUGUGAACUUUGCACAAAUGUCUCACAGAUAUAGAGAGCAUAGGCGUAUAGCUGUUGUCAUACUAUUUUUUGUAAACCUAUAUCAAGACAACAAAGGAAUUGUAUUUAAAAUGCAAAACAUCGGAAUAAGCUAAGUAUCAUCCCUCUCGAGAACAACAUUUCCUUUCUGCAGAUAUCUCACCGCUGGUGUCUUGGAUUUAGUUUUCGUCGCGUUCGUUGAAUGCUGUGCCUGUGGUCUUGUACUUGGAGCCUAAAGAACAUUGUAGAAUUUGAGCUCAUCAGGCAAAGAAAUACAGCUGUAACCAUUUGAUAGUAAAAUACAACAUGGGUUUCUUUCACAGCUUCAGCAUAACUGCGAUUUUGGUGUGCAAGGGUCAGAAUAACUUAACAUUAACUGUUAUUUAUUUAUUUUUUUUAUUUAUUUAAUUUUUGCUUUCAGUGCAAGUUAAUAUCCAAGAGGCUGUUAGUGCUAGCUCGCCUCACUUUCAGUAACAGUGGAGAAGACCUUUAAAAACAGAGCAGAGUCAAGCAAAAACUCUGUAAUGCCACGGCACCUCAGCAUAUGUCUCAGAAUGAUGGCCAUGAUCUACAAGAGGGUUUCAUUGUCAUGAGCUUAGUUAAAAGUACUGAGUCAAAGUCACUGUUUAGACCUUUUUUUUCUUAAUUCUCUGUUCCAAGAAGUUACUUCAUGUGAAGUUACUAAAAUCUAACUGUCAUUACAAACAACUCUCUUACUUUGGAAUUCGCCACAUAGUUUUAUUCCUUCAUUCGUAAUAAUUUAUUGAUACAGUUCAAGCCUCACGUUUCUUUGGGAAGGUUUUCCCGUAGUAGCUAUGUCAUCCCACAAUAGCAUGCACACAAAAUUAGGUACACGUGCCUGGACUUUGUACCGCAUCUGAGGGCAAGGAGUGCUGAGGAUGCUUUCAUGUAUGAGAAUAACAUGGGAGGAGUCUUAUUCUAGAUUAGUAAUCCAGCAGUAAGAUUAUAUGUGUAUACAGACCAGUGUGAAAAAGAAUGAAGAUCAAAGUAAAAGCAAAAAAGGGGAAUUUUGCUCAGCCAACAAAGCUUACACACCCUUUUGUAGGUCUUCAUUACGCUAACGUGUUUCCCAUCUCUAAAUGAAACCUGCAGGUUCAGUGAAGUUCAGAGGUUGUAAAAGGGCUCACUAAUCUCACUAAUAUUCAACUGAUCAUUUCCUGAGUCAUCGCCUUGAUUUUUGGGGGCAGACCUCUGGAGUUAAUCAUGCUCAACUGCUGUGAGGCAGUAGUUUUCUGUCUUCAGUGCUACAAGUGGAGUUUUACUGUGACCCAACAUCAUGGAAAAAGGCAAACAUCUCCUCUUGGCUAACUUAGAAAUGAUAGACUCCUUGAAUUUAAAUUUACGCUGAAAGGAGUUCUGAUGAGAAAAACAAAUGCCCAGAAUGUGAGGUUUUAAUUCUAUUUCCAGGCAAGCUGAAGUGUCAGCAUAUAUUUUAUAGCUGAUUAAAGCUUCUGCUUGUACUUGGAGACGAGUCUCAAGGAAUAUUCAGUAAUAAAUGAUAGUGUCUCAUCACUUUAAUUUAAACUAGAUAUGAUUGAUUGGUGCCAAUAUAAUUAAGUCGUCGACUCUUGUUGUAAAGAUCCAUUCUGUAAGAUUUAACCAUUCUCCUCAUUUAAAUAAAUGUAGUUUGCAUAAACGGUAUCUAGAGUAUCAACUCCAUAUAAUCCAUGCAAACAUGGACCAGUUGGAAGGCAGAGGUUUUAUUUUAGGUUUAUUUACUAGAUUUUUAAACUUUUUAUGUACCUGUAAGUCAAAGUGUUGUCAAACACUUUAAUCCAGACCAAUGAUCACAAUAUUUUGCAUCCAUGAAAAUCACCAAGUGAAGGUUGGUAAUCAUCCUUUUAAUACAUUAACAAAACAGAAAAUGAUAACACCUACAUAUUUCAUAUUUGGUUAUGAUUAAUGGAAGAGGCUGGAAUAUGUCUAGAACUGAUUUUAUAACACAUUUUUGUCACUUCCAUACAUGGUAUACUAUGCAUACAUUGUAGAAUUUAUUUUCCUUACUAAAUUCUAACAAAUGCACAACAUUUAUGAAAGUGGCAAUAAUUAGCUCUAACAGGCUGUCUAGACUGAUAUUCUGAAGUCAUAUCACACUGGAAGGGAGAGUCAAUGGCGACAAGUGAUUUCACACUACAUUAAUGUAACGCCCAGUCAAAAACCCUGAGAACUGAUAUUUCUCUGAUAUGAGAACAAUAGAACUGGAAUUGCAUUUCUGCACCAUAUUAUAAGGAACAAAGUUACAGUACUGUACAGAAGUCACAGACCACCCUUCAUUUAUUUAUUUUAUAGUCAAAGCAGCUAUGAAGCAGAAGUUAUUUAUUUCUAAAAGAUAUUUCUGAGGAGAUUAGAUGUGAGAUAAUCCACUUGCAUAAGGAAGAGGAAAAUCAAAGGAAAAUAAGUGAAAAAACAGGGGUUUCCAAAACUGGAGGUCAGAAAUGAUUAAAAGAUACAGAGAAAACGGGGGUCCCAGCAACCAUGCAAGACCUGGUAUACCACCAAAACUGCCACCGUCUGUCAUCUUUGAGACAGGAGGAAAUUAAAGCGCCAUUCUUGCGAAGUGAAUGUGGUUAAGAUUACUUGGAUGGAGAGAAGCAGAAAGUGCAACCAACUUCUAAGACUGAACUUUGGGGGUGUGAAAAAAUAUCCCUGCAGAUUUCUUUGAACCUGAAAGCAAGGGGAGAGCUUAGAAGCUGUAAUAAAGACAAAGAGGGAACACAGUAACCUCACCUACUUAACCUACUUAAUUUAAUUUCCAUUUUGACUGGAAGUGAAAUAAAUGAGGGGUGGUCUCAUACUUUUGCACAGCACAGUACGUUAUACAGCACAAUGUUUCUCCGGACCAAUGAAUCCAAGAUCUCUUUGGAUUAAUGAUCCGCUGCGCACAUUUACAAACCUUCUGAAAGGAGCAAGAAACAACAUUCCAUGCUGCCCACAAACUCUUAGCUCAAAGUAAAUAUGGUGACCAUAAACACUGAUUAGUUUGUCAUUCAGUGCAAUGAGAAGAACUGUGAAGUUAUGACAGACCUUUGUUUGCUUCUCUGGUGAAAUCAGUGAGCGACCAAACCACCAAGGUUACUCUUUGCUUUUAUUUUGGGAGCGUUAUGUAAUUUUAAUCUAAAUCACUAAGUGUGUGUGUGUGUGUGUGUGUGUGUGUGUGUGUGUGUGUGUGUGUGUGUGUGUGUGUGUAAAGUAUGUCUAUUGAUUGAACACAUGGUUUACUCAUUGACACAGAGGUUCAAAAAGUGCAGCAUGGGACUUGAUUUGUGGAGUGUCUUCUUGUUACUGGCAAUAAACUCUGAAACCAAGUUAAUAGCUGAGAUCUUGGUCACUUUGUCAUGUUACCCACAAAACGUUUAACACUGGACAACAGCUAUUGGGGCAAACAGAUUCACCUUUUGCUAAAUGUAAGCCUGGACCAUCAAAGGCUCCUUUUUUUGGAGGUAACUAGUGUGCAUUUACUAGGACAAUAUGGAACAAUAAGAAAGGCCUCCUCAAUACCCCAAAAGAGCGAAGGACUAUUUCUAAUGUAUAUAAUGUAUACAACACAUUUUUCUGUAGAGGUAUUAAUCUAUGAUAGUGGGGGACGUUACAAAUGACGUAAAAAAAUUUACAGAAUGUUGACGGUGAGUGUGUAUGUCUGUUUGCCACUCUGUGAAAAUGUGCCGUCUUCAAGUUUACACAUCGCUAUUCAAAACUAUUUAUUCUGUGCUGGAAGACUUCUCUUUUUUUGACUUCACAGAACAUCGGUGCCCAUCAAGAUCAAAAAGAUCCACAAUUUUUAUCUUUUUUUUUGUUUGUUCUUUUUGUUUUCUUUUUAUAUCUAGUACUUUUGCCAGUGUACACUUCUGUGCUCCACGACUGUCCUGAUCAGUGUGUUUGUACUAGCACACACACA